AUGGCAGCUGAGCCGAGUCUGGAAAUAGAGGAGAAAGAAGAGCUAUCGAGCAGGGAUGAAGAGAAGGAAAAAACAAGUGAUGCCCCAUCCGGGUCAUUGCAGACUGUGUUGAAGGAGUCGGAAACAAGUGAUGUCCCAUCUGGGUCGUUGCUGACUGUGUUGAAGCAGUCAGAUUGGAUGGAUAUGUUGCUGAUGGCAUUUGGAUCAAUGGGGAGUGUUGCAGAUGGAUCAUCCGUGGCAAUAAUCAUGAUCAUUCUCAGUGACCUCAUGAACAGAUACAGUGGUACUUCUGUCACCAGUAAAGACAUAAACAAGUUUGCUUUGACCUUAACUUAUGUUGCUGUUGGUGUGGCUUCAUGCUCCUUUCUGGAAGGAUUCUGCUGGGCACGCACUGCAGAAAGGCAAACCUUUCGACUUCGCAGGCAAUAUCUACAAGCCGUGUUGCGGCAAGAUGUAGGAUUCUUUGAUGCUAGUCAGGGUGCAUCACUAGCAUCUCAAGUAGUCUCCAAUAUUUCAGUUGACACACUUACCAUACAAGGAGUUCUUGCAGAGAAGAUUGCCAAUUUCACUACAAACAUAACUAUGUUCAUCACAUGCCAAAUGGCUGCAUUAUACCUCAGCUGGAGACUAGCGAUAGUUGCUAUUCCUGCAUUAUUAAUGUUGAUCAUUCCAGGAUUGGUGUAUGGAAAGCUUCUAGGUGAAGUUGGAAAGAAGAUCCAAGAAGCUUAUGGAGUUGCAGGAGGGAUAGUGGAGCAAGCAGUGUCAUCAAUCAGGACUGUUUAUUCGUAUGUUGCAGAGGAAAGGACUACCAAGGACUAUAAAAAUGCACUAAAACCAGCCUUAGAGCUUGGUAUCAAACAAGGAUUGAUGAAAGGCAUGGCAAUCGGUACUGUUGGCAUUACAUUUGCAGUUUGGGCUCUUCAAGGCUGGUAUGGAAGUAUUCUGGUCAUAAAUAAAGGAGUCAGAGGUGGAAAUGUUUUCACAGCUGGAUUGUGUAUUAUAUAUGGAGGACUGGGUUGUCUAAUCAAUGUGAAGUACUUCAUAGAGGCAAAUGUUGCAGCUGCUCGAAUAUUUGAGAUGAUUCAUCGUGUCCCGGGAAUCAACUCGUCAGAUGAACAAGGCAAAACCAUAUCAGAUGUCAAAGGUGAGGUGGAGUUUAGAGACAUAGACUUUGAGUAUCCUUCAAGACCAGGGAGCCUGGUUCUAAACAAGUUUAAUCUCAAAGUCAUGGCCGGCCAGACUGUCGGGUUGGUAGGCACUAGCGGAUCAGGCAAAUCAACAGUUAUAAAUUUGCUUGAGAGAUUUUAUGAAGCUCUUAGGGGUGAUAUCUUCCUAGAUGGUGUUGACAUAAAGACCCUUCAGCCGAAAUGGUUGCGAAAUCAAAUGGGGCUAGUAAGCCAGGAGCCUGUACUUUUUGCUACCUCAAUCAAAGAAAACAUUCUUUUUGGAAAAGAGGAGGCUUCUAUGGAAGAGGUGAUCAGAGCAGCCAAAGCUGCUAAUGCUCACAGCUUCAUCAAGAGACUACCAGAAAGAUACAACACUCUGGUGGGACAACUGGGAACUCAAAUGUCUGAAGGGCAGAAACAAAGGAUUGCCAUUGCAAGGGCACUAUUGAGAGACCCCAAAAUCCUUCUUCUUGAUGAAGCAACAAGUGCACUGGAUUCACUUUCAGAAAAGGCUGUCCAGGAUGCUUUGAAUCAGGCCUCAAUAGGUCGAACAACCAUUAUCAUUGCACACCGCUUGUCUGCUCUCCGCAAUGCUGACUUAAUUUCUGUUAUUCAGUCUGGACAAGUGGGAGAAUCUGGUUCACACGAACAACUUAUGCAAAACUCAAGUGGUACAUAUGCUGUAAUGGUGAAGCUGCAGAGGACAUACAUGAAUGAUGAAGUUAUGUUGGAAGCUGAAGAUACAGAGUAUGGAAGCGCUUUUCCUCUUCAUGAUGGAACCCUACGGAUAGGGGAAACACCUGACAAGUCUCUCUCACGAAAUUCUAGUUUUGGCAUGAUAGCCAACCAGCAGCGAGAAGAUGACAGUUCCCCAUCUUUACGGCAACUGAUAAGCAUGACAGCACCUGAGUGGAAGUCAACUCUAAUAGGUUGUGUUGGAGCCCUUGGAUAUGGAUUAGUUCCGCCAUCGAACUCAUUCUGUCUUGGUGCACUUCUAGCUGUAUACUUUGAAAAUGAUCAUGCCCAGAUAAGGUCUCAAACAAGAAUCUAUUGCUUCGCAUUUUUGGCCUUUGCUGUCUUUACUUUUCUGACAAAUGUGAUUCAGCAUUACUAUUUUGGGAUAAUGGGAGAGACAUUGACAGAUAGAGUUAGGGAGGCAAUUUUUGAAAAAAUCUUGAUGUUUGAGAUUGAAUGGUUUGAUCAAGAAAACAACAGCAGUGGGGCUAUAUGUGCAAGAUUGGCCACGGAUGCGGUGAUGGUGAGAACUCUUGUCUCCGAUCGAUUGUCAUUACUGACUCAGGCAGUUUCAUCAGCAACUUUGGCUAUUGUCUUGGCUUUAAUGUUGUCAUGGCGUCUUGCACUAGUAGCUAUUGCCCUGGAACCAGGUGUCAUUGCUGCUGUCUAUCUUAGAGAAAUGACAAUGCGAAUAAUGUCUAAGAAAAUUCUCAAAGCGCAGAGCGGGAGUAGUGAGUUGGCUAGUGAGGCAGUUGGAAACCACAAAAUUAUCACAGCGUUCGGCUCUCAGGAAAAGGUUCUGAAACUAUAUGACCGUACACAGGUAAGCUCCAAGAAAGAAAGCAAUAAGCAAUCUUGGUAUGCUGGAGUUGGAUUGUUUGUCUCACAGUUCCUUACGAGUGCCCUUAUAGCUGUAAUUUGCUGGUAUGGUGGGAAGCUGUUAUUACGACAACAGAUAACAUACAAGCACCUCUUUCAAAUAUUUUUCAUUUUGGUGUCAACGGGGAGAGUUAUAGCAGAGACAGCUAGUAUGACAGCUGACCUAUCAAAGGGCACCAGUGCAUUGGAGUCGGUUUUUAGGAUUCUUCAAAGAGAGACUAAAAUGGAUCCUGAAAAUUCAGAUGGUAUCAAGCCAGAAAAUAUGAAUGGAGAAAUAGAGUUUAAGCAGGUGUAUUUCAACUACCCGGCAAGACCAAAACAGAUCAUCUUGAGGGGAUUAGACCUAAAAAUUGAAGCUGCAAAGGUUGUUGCACUGGUUGGAAGAAGUGGGUCUGGAAAAUCCACGAUCAUCAGAUUGAUUGAGAGAUUCUAUGAUAUAUUGAGUGGUUCAAUAGAAGUUGAUGGAAUUGACAUCAUGCAUUAUAACCUAAGGGCUUUGAGGUCACAUAUAGCAUUGGUAAGUCAAGAACCAACUCUUUUUGCAGGAACAAUACGCUACAACAUUGCAUAUGCAAAAGAGAAUGCAACUGAAGCAGAGAUAAUUGAAGCAGCAAUCAUUGCAAAUGCUCAUGAAUUUAUAAGCUCCAUGAGGGAUGGAUAUGAGACCUUCUGUGGAGAAAGAGGUGUGCAACUAUCAGGAGGGCAAAAGCAAAGAAUAGCGCUCGCUCGAGCCAUAUUGAAAAAUCCUGCAAUAUUGCUUUUGGAUGAGGCAACAAGCGCACUAGAUGUUAAUUCAGAGAAACUUGUUCAAGAGGCACUGGAAAACACCAUGUCUGGCAGGACGUGCCUAGUCGUGGCUCAUCGAUUAUCUACGAUCCAGAAAGCAGAUAAAAUAGUAGUGAUUGACAAAGGGAAGGUCAUAGAAGAGGGAAAUCACAGUGAACUUCUUGCUCAAGGAGAUAAGGGUGUAUACUACUCACUUGUAAAACUCCAACAACUUUCUGUCAUUUGA